AUGCAGACGAUCAAAUAUUGGCAAUUCCUCUUACUAGUUGUUUUCUUCGUUCUGCUGGGAAAUGUGUUUUCUAUGGAAGACGAUGAUCAACUAAUGGGAUGGAACAAGGCGCAUGGCUUAUGGGGGAAGCGUUCUAUUCCCACGGAUAUAUUUAAUAAACAAGAAAAGCGCCCAGAGAAUUGGUCAAAGCUUAACACGUUGUGGGGGAAGCGAUCCUCAAUACCCUACCACAAAUCUUAUUCAGACAACAACUUGAAGAGGCCAGAGAUGUGGCAAAUGAACAGCUUGUUCGGACGAUAG